AAUCAGAGUCAGUCAGCCUGCACGUACCCAUGAGUAUAUAAUAAUCGGAAACAUAGUGUCCGGUCAUUUCUCGUGUGGAUAUCAUUCGAGGAAGAUUUCUUGAUAGUGCAAUCCCCAAAGUGUUUGUAUCGCCCCAGAAACAAGGACAGUGUUCUUAGGCUUUCGGAUAAAUAUCGUUGAAAUAAAUUGUGUUGCGACAUAAUCCGCUAAUGUGCUUCUUAAAAUUUUAUCUUGCCGGUGUUCUGUGGUAUCCUUAGUGGAGAUAGAUUUGUAUCUUCUUCGGAACAAAUUUCAUUUCAACCGGAGUUAGCUUGAGUGAGAUCGGGUGCUCGGUAUAAGCCUCUAGUUAUGAGAAAAAACUCCCAGAAAAAUCAUAUUUGUUGCUACAAGUUGAGGAAACUCAAAAUACAGUUUUUACUUGAAAAAUUGACCAAAAGAAAAUCUAGACUAUUAAAAAGUUCAAAUUGUGCCGAAUCUGAUACUUGAAUUGUUGGUACUUGUGCGUGACUACUGGAGAUUAUUUGUUGUUCUCGUUUAGUGAUCUUUCCUAAAAACCAUCAAGAUGGUUGCAAAACCAAGGAAUUCACAAGAAAUCGAUAUAAAUGAUCCAAUUGUGAAGGAAAUGCUUCAAAUCCGGGAAAAUCAUGCAAGACAGCAGAGGAAGGAUUAUUCACACGUGUUCAGGCCUAAAUCAUAUCUGGAUUUUAUCCGUUUAUCAUGCAUUGUUGUGGCAAUUGAAUUAGCUUAUUCAGCGGAAACAGCGUUUGUAUCGCCAAUCCUGUUACAAAUAGGAGUCGACCACAAACAUAUGACUAUGGUAUGGGGUCUUUCACCCCUAUUGGGAUUUUUUAUAUCACCGAUUUUGGGAUCGCUAAGUGAUCGUUGCAGAUCAAAUCUCGGGCGCAGACGUCCACUGCUUAUAGCAUUAUCAACCGGAAUCAUGAUGGGAUUAGUACUGGUUCCAUAUGGAAAGAUAGUUGGAGGUUUGCUGGGCGACCGAGGAAUGUCUUCUGAAAGUCCUGAUGCUGGAACGACUAAUACAACGUUAACCAAUUUAAAACAGACCGAACUAGCUGAACCCAGUAUCUCGAAUCAUGUGUACGGAUUUGUGUUCACUAUUUUAGGAACAAUUCUAUUGGAUUUUAAUGCGGACACUUGUCAGACACCGUCCAGAGCAUAUUUGCUGGAUGUCUGCAUUCCAAGCGAUCAUGUAAAAGCAAUGAGCACAUUUUCCGUAAUGGCUGGACUAGGAGGCACUUUUGGAUACAGUAUUGGCGGAAUCGAUUGGAAUUCCACACAAAUUGGCUUAUUUCUGGGAGGCAAUUACCAAACAGUAUUCGCAAUUGUCCUUGUAGUAUUCAUCAUAUGUUUUUUGAUAACUGUGACAAGUUUUCGAGAAAUUCCGCUGGAUCUCAUCGAAAGCGAUCAACUUUUACGACCAUUGUCAAGGACUACAAUCCAAAAAGAAAUCCAAAAUAGAAAAAAUAUUUACUGUAUUAAAGAGGCUACUUCCAUGGAACUUAAAUUGACGACGAUGAAAUUAUCAAAUGGUGACAAAUUGAAAUUUAUACUGGACAAUGCGAAUAAUAAUAAUAACAAUAACAAUAAAAUUAUUAAAGGAAAUCAAGCAAAAAACGGCGAUUGUAAUCAUGUUACAUUGAAAAUAACGAGCGGGGAUGAGAUAGAGGAGAAAGUCACCCUACGAACCUACCUUAAAAGUAUUAUAUUUAUGCCUAAGUCGAUAAGGGUCCUUUCGUUAACGAAUUUAUUGUGUCACAUGGCGCACCUUUCAUAUUGUUUAUAUUUUACGGACUUUGUUGGGGAGGCUGUAUUCGGUGGCGAUCCUUCGGCACCGGAAGGUACUUUUAAGGCGGCGCUCUAUAACGAAGGUGUCCGGUUUGGAUGUUAUGGUCUUUCAGUCUACGCAUUCUCAUGUUCAGUUUACUCAUCACUCAUGGAAAGGCUUAUUUCAUGGACGAGCACAAAAACAGUUUACUUCGGCAGCAUCCUGAUAUUCGCCUCUGGAAUGCUGGCUCUGGCUGUGUGGCCCACAAAACCGGGUGUUCUCAUAUUCAGCAUGUGUGCCGGAGUGAUAUAUUCGUGCUUAUUCACGAUGCCUUUCAUUUUAAUCGCAAAAUAUCACUCGCAAGGAUGUUUCAAGAUGGACCCCCAGGAAAAUGCCCCUCUGAAACAAUCACGAGGGCUAGGAACUGACAUCGCCAUUAUCAGCAGCAUGGUUUUCGUAGGCCAGUUGAUUGUUUCACUGAGCAUGGGAUCGCUUAUAACUGCUCUGGGUUCAACCAGCGCAACUUUAUAUGCGGCAAGUGGAGCUGGAAUCUUGGCUGCUUUAUCUGCAUUGAAUGUUCUUUAUUUAGAUUAAAUGAAGUGUGAUAUUAUGCUCUUAAAGUAUGAUUAAGGACUGAACUUUGCAAUGCUUGCUUAUAAUUUUUGCCGUUUUUUAUGUAAAGUGACGCGUUUGAUAAAUGUUUAUUGAUUAUUUGCUAUAUGUGUUUAGUUCUAUAUUAAGUGAGACUUGAAUGUGUAUGUUUUAUAUAAUGUGCUGUUGCCGAAAUAAAUGGUCUUUUUCUUUAA